AUGACUGAAAAGACAACAAAGCUCGGUCCGUUCAAACCAACGCUGAUUCUCCAUGGCGGAGCUGGCGCCCUUUCUCGUGCCAACCUCCCUCCGGAGCUUUGGACACGAUAUCGUGCCUCCCUUUCCAGAAACCUGACCGUGACAAGAGAGCUGCUUGACUCGGGCGCCUCGGCGCUCGAUGCUGCCUGUCACGCUGUUACGCUGCUCGAAGACGAUGUUUUGUUCAACUGCGGGCGAGGAUCGGUCUUUACUGAAAGAGGUACUAUUGAAAUGGAGGCAAGUGUCAUGGUUUGUUCUGUUGAUCCGGCAGGGCCCCCUACGGGGGGUAUAAAGCGUGCUGCUGCUGUCAGUCUCAUCCGGAACACGAGACACCCCAUUCUACUGGCCAAAGAAGUAUUGGUGACGGCUGACGAAGACGCUGGAUUGGGAGGCACAAGUUCCAUGCAUUGCCAUCUCAGCGGCAUAGACGUUGAAGAAUGGGGGUGGAAAGAAAAGGCACUCGAGAAGAAGCCAGAUCGGUGGUUCUGGACCCAGCGACGAUGGGAGGAGCACAGAAGGGGUCUCAAUAAUAACCCAUCAUACACUUUCGCCGAUCUUCUUUCAUCCGUCGAUCCCCUGUCGGAGCGGGUCUCAGCCGCCGACGAUGAUUUGGACGGAGUGAAAGAAAUCCCUAGCCAGGGAACCGUCGGGGCCGUGUGUCUGGAUUCUUGGGGCAACCUGGCGGUUGCGACUUCGACUGGAGGAUUGACAAACAAGAAAGCGGGUAGGAUAGGUGAUACGCCGACAGUAGGUGCCGGGUUUUGGGCCGAAGCCUGGCACGAAGAUACGUACAACAACACCAAUAAUUUCACUCCAGGCUCGCAACCAUCGCAACAAUUUCUACUCGACCUACGUAGGAGGGCGCCAGUCCUAGACCGAAUCUGGACGCAUACCAGCAGCCUCUUGGGACCCUGCCUUGCUGUGAUUGCAACAGAAGACUCACCGCCAUACUAUGAAGAACAAAGCCCUCCUCCCUCCUACACCACCCAGCCCACCGCAGCUUACCGCACCUAUCAACCACCUUCCCUCCACAACCCGCAUUGUGCUGACACUCGACAACCAGUUCGCCAACGUUGUCGCGCAGUCGCGAUGAGCGGCACGGGCAACGGUGACUCAUUCAUUCGAGUGAACGCCUGCCGCACCGCUGCUUCAAUCUGUCGCCUGGACCAUCCGUCUCCGCCUCUCACUGAUGCAGUCAGGGUUAUUGCUGGACAACAAGGCCAGUUGCAGCGCUCGGCGGGCGAUCGGUGGGGCAAGACUGGAGAGGGCCAGGGUGGAAUUAUUGGGAUCGAAGUGGUGAGUGAGGAGGAGGAACCAGCCAGAAUAUGUGGUGACAAGGGGGAUGGUGAUUUGAAAUCGAAGAAGAAGCAAGGACGCGUGGUAUUCGACUUCAACUGUGGAGGGCUGUUUAGAGCGUAUUUUGAAGUCGAUGAGAACAGCGGAACCGAACAGCCGAAGGUCAUGGUAUUUAAGGAGGAGUACUAG